AUGGCAAAAACGAAUAUUGAAGAUUUAGAUUUGUACGGACUACUGGAUAUAUGUAUAACAGCUUCAGAAUCUGAGAUUAAGAAAGCCUAUCGUAAAAAAGCAUUGAAAUGCCAUCCAGACAAAAAUCCUGAUGACCCAAAAGCUGCUGCUGCAUUCCAUGAAUUAUCGCAAGCAUUAGAAAUUUUGACGGAUAAAGCAGCCAGAGCUGCAUAUGAUAAAGUUCUUAAAGCAAAGGCGGCGGCAAAACUUCGACAUCAAGAACUAGACAGUAAAAGGCAAAAGUUAAAAGAAGACUUGGAAAGACGGGAACGUGAGGCUGCAUGUGGUGGGUCAAAUGUGAAUUUAACUGAUGAGCAAAAAUUAGCUGCUGAAAUUCAAAGGUUGCAGAAAGAAGGAAACAGAUUAUUACAAGAGGAACAACAAAGGAUGAAAGAAGAAAUUAGGAAAACUAAGAACAAUCUGAAGACACCAGUAUGGGAUUCCAGUUUAAAUAGAAUAAAAAUAAGCUGGAAAGCAAACAGAAAUGAUCCUACAAAUGGUGGAUACAAUGAGGAAAACUUAAAAAGAUUUCUCAAAAAAUAUGGUGAAUUAGUUGCAUUAAUUUUAUCACCAAAAAAGAAGGGUAGUGCUUUAGUGGAAUUUUCAUCUAAGGAGGCAUCUGAAAUGGCAGUGGAGUUUGAAAAAGGUCUUCCAGAAAAUCCCCUUACAUUAAAAUGGUUAAAUGAUAGACCAAUAUUAACAACAAAAAAAGCUAAACAUGUAAGCUCUUUAGUAUCAGAUAGGGAUUAUGAAUCUAUAGUGUUGACUAAAAUGCGACAAGCUGCUGAAAGACAAAGGUUAAUUGAAGAGAUGAUGAAAGAAGAUCAGGAAAGGAAA